ACGACUCUGCCUGGACUUGGAUCAUUUAGACGAGAUUAGCUAACUGGUGCCUCAGCAGCCGUUUCAUUUUGAGUUAAUUUUCUGUUGUAUUUCUUUAUGAUUUCGGCCGAUACACAUCCCAAAAUGUGUAUUUAUUGACCCGAUGACGUCACGGGUUGACACGGAACUUGUAGUAGCGGCUUGUGUGCGGACGGAAUGUUUUGAACGUGACACACGGGUGAAAGUUGAAGGGGAAACAUGGCAGCAGGAAUCAGUGUUAAACAUCGAUUAUUGAGCAGGAAAACGUCGCUUUUUCUCGCUGUUCCCAGACACAUCUCAGCCAGCAGUGUUCGUCUCCACAGAGUCGAGAACAGCGCUCACAAAGCGGCUCGGGUCAACGAGAAGUUCUGCCUGGACCUGGUGAGGUCCAGGGACUAUGAUGGCUUUGUUUCCUCGCUGCUGCUCCCGGUGGAGGCGCGCCGCUCCUCUCUGGCUCUGAGAGCCUUCAAUGUGGAGCUGGCUCAGGUGAAGGACUCCGUUUCCCAGAAGUCCAUUGGGCUGAUGCGGAUGCAUUUCUGGAAGUCGGCGAUCGAGGAAAUCUACCGAGACGAUCCCCCGAACCAGCCCGUCAGCGCAGAGCUGUGGCGGGCUGUGAGGAAACACUCCCUGACGAAGAGAUGGCUGCUGAGGAUCAUCACAGAGAGAGAGAAGGACCUGGAUGACCGAGCCUACAGGACCCUGCAGGAGCUGGAGAAAUACUCAGAGAACACGCAGUCCUCUUUAAUAUACCUGCUGCUGGAGUGCUUAGGGGUGACAAACGUCCAUGCAGACCACGCAGCAAGUCACAUCGGGAAAGCUCAGGGAAUCGUGACGUGUUUGAGAGCGACUCCUUAUCACAGCGGCCGGAGGAAAGUCUACCUCCCCAUGGACAUCUGCAUGCUGCACGGAGCUUCUCAGGAGGACUUUAUCCGCGGCAGCCGAGAGCAAAACGUGCGCGACGUCGCGUACGACAUCGCCAGUCAGGCUCACGUACAUCUACAACACGCGCGAUCGUUUAGCCACAACGUCCCAGAAGCCGCAAAUCUGGCCUUCCUGCAGACGGUGGUGUUGGAGGACUACCUGCAGAGAGUGCGGAGGGCAGAUUUUGAUGUUUUCCACCCGAGUCUGAAGAAGAGAAACCCCCUCCUCCCCAUACAGCUCUACCUCCGCUCCUGGAAGAAGUCCUACUGACAUCAGUCCUGCUCCUCUUCCUCCUCUUCCUCCUCCUCCUGCAGGAAACACCUCACACACUUUGUUCAAUAAAUAAAUCCUUGAAGACGAA